AUGACGAGCAAGGAUAUUGGUUGGGAACAUGGUAAACCUGUGGGUGGAAAUAGAAAAAUUGUGAGAUGCAAUUAUUGUGGAAAAGUAAUGCAUGGUGGCAUUACAAGGUUGAAAGCACAUGUCGGUCAUGUCACGGGACAAGUUGUACCUUGUCCAAGGGUCGCAAGAGAAGUUACAGAUGUAAUGAAAAUGCAUCUAAAGGCUGGGAAUUUGGGUGCUGGCACUUCAAAACCAAUGACUUCUGAAAAUAAAAGAGUAUUGUCACGUAAUUUCAGUGUCAGACAAGCGGAUGAAAUGACAAGCAAAGGAAUUGACUCACAUAUGUUUCCUUCUAAACAAAAAUCAGUCAAAUCAAUGUUUGCGGCGAAAAAUAUAAAAAGAGUUGGUAAGGCAAUUUCAAAGUUUUUUCAUUUCAAUGCUAUACCAUUUCAUGCAGCAGACAAUCCUUAUUAUCAAUCAAUGAUUGAUGAAAUUGCCAAAGUUGGUUCUGGUAUUAAAGGCCCUUCAGCUUAUCAAAUUGGAAAUGAAUAUUUAGACGAAGAAUUUGAAGAGCUUGAGAAAUAUCUUGGAGAUAUUUAUGAUAAAUUUUCAACUUUUGGUUGUACACUCAUGUGUGAUGGGUGGAGCACCCGUACAAAACAUCCAAUAAUAAAUUUUAUGGUAUACUGUGAUAGACACAUGAUAUACCAUAGUUCAGUUGAUUGUACCAAUGUCAAGAAAAUUGCUCAAUAUAUUUUCAAGUUAAUGGAUGAGGUAGUAGAGGCUGUGGGAGAAAAAAAUGUUGUGCAAGUUGUGACAGAUAGUGAAUCUAGUAUGAAAGCAGCUGGACAACUGUUGAUGAAAAAAAGACAAAAUCUAUUCUGGUCACCUUGCGCUGCUCAUUGUAUAGAUUUGAUGUUGAAGGAUAUUGGCAAAAUAGAUAAUGUAAAAGAAACUAUUGCUUAG